AUGGGACGUUGGAUGAAACCAGAGGUAUACCCUUUAGUGGGUGCUAUGGCCUUUGUGACCAGCAUGGUGGUCUUUCAGCUAACAAGAAACUUGCUCACGAACCCUGAUGUUAGGAUUAGCAAAGAGCGCCGCAAUAUGGGAGUGUUGGAUAACAAAGAAGAGGGAGAGAAAUACCGUGAGCAUGGCCUUAGGAGGUUCCUUCGUACUCGACCACCUGAGAUUAUGCCCACCAUUAACCACUUCUUUAGUGAAGAUAAGUGA